ACACAUUUUUGGGUUUUUCCUUGAACGCAAAAUAAAAGAGAUAGAGAGAGACAGGUAGAGAAGGAGGAGCAAGAAGCGAAAAAUGGUGAAUUUGCAGACGGGUUUUCCUCUAAUAAGUCAGCAAUACAAAGCACUGCUAAAGAAGAACCUCAUACUCUCAUGGAGAAACAGGACAUCUACGUUGCUGCAAAUCUUCUCUUCACUCUUCUUCAUCUUUCUUAUUUUCUGCAUUAAUAAAGCCACCAAACAUUCUUCCUCUAUGAUUGAAAAUAUCAUUGAUCCAGAGCCCCUCGUCUCUCCCCCAAUCCCUCCCUGCGAGGACAAGUUCUACAUUUUGACUCCCUGCUAUGACUUCGUUUGGAGUGGCAAUGGAAGCACCAGGAUAAGAUCAAUAGUGUCCAAUAUAAUGGCUAAAAACCCAGGAAGGCCUAUUUCUCCUGAUAGGGUCAAAUCAUUUAGAACAUCCGACGAAUUAGAUGACUGGCUUUACAAAGAUCCUAUGCAUUGUUCUGGAGCUUUGCAUUUCUUUGAAAGAAAUUCUACUGUAAUAAGCUAUGGUAUUCAGACUAACUCCACCUCUGUAGCAAAGCGAGGCAGAUAUGAGGACCCUACUUUUAAAUUUCAAAUACCACUCCAAAUUGCUGCAGAACGCGAAAUUGCUAGGUCUUUGAUAGGAGAUCCAAAUUUUAGCUGGGUCGUCGGUCUCAAGGAAUAUGCACAUCCUGCCGUGGAGGUUAUCUCUGUUGCGGAGGCUAUUGGACCGACAUUUUUCCUUGCAAUUGCAAUGUUUGGUUUUGUCUUCCAAAUUAGUUCUUUGGUUGCUGAGAAAGAACUCAAACUUCGCCAGGCAAUGUCUAUGAUGGGUCUCUAUGAAUCUGCAUAUUGGCUUUCGUGGCUCACUUGGGAAGCCUUGAUGACAAUUCUCUCCGCAUUUUUCACUGUUAUCUUCGGAUUGGUGUUCCAGUUGGACUUUUUCCUGCACAAUAGUUUUGCAGUUGUGCUCCUCUUGUUCUUUCUUUUCCAAUUAAAUAUGGUUGCUUUUGCCUUCUUGCUUGCGGCUUUCCUUACCAAAUCAUCAGCAUCGACGACUGUGGGUUUCUCCACAUUUAUCAUUGGCUUCGUGACUCAGCUCGUUACACAAUUUGGAUUUCCCUACAGUGACACAUACAGUAAAAAGUAUAGGAUCAUUUGGUCUUUUUUCCCUCCUAAUCUCCUCGCCAAAGCACUCUCUCUGCUUUCAGAUGCUACAAAAACUCCUGAAGAUCAUGGGAUCAGCUGGAGUGCACGAGCAAAAUGUCCACCAUCAUCGCCAAAUUGUUUGAUGACUAUUGAUAUGGUAUAUAUCUGGCUUUUGUCAACAUUCUUUCUGUGGUUAUUUUUGGCUAUCUACUUCGACAAUAUAAUCCCAAAUUCAGCAGGUGUGAGGAAGUCAUUAUUUUACUUUCUGAAUCCUGGGUACUGGACAGGAAAAGGUGGAGGCAAGGUUGAAGAGGGUGGAAUUUUUAGUUGCGCUGGUUCAAUUCCACCAGUGGACUAUGUUACUCCAGAGGAUCAAGACGUUCUUGAUGAGGAAAAUGUUGUAAAGCAACAAUUCAAUGAAGGUGUAGUUGAUCCCAAUGUUGCUGUUCAGUUACGUGGUCUUGCGAAGACAUAUCCUGGGACAACAAAUAUUACUGGUUGCUGUAAAUGCAAAAGGACUCCACCUUACCAUGCCAUUAAGGGUCUGUGGAUGAACCUUGCAAAGGAUCAACUAUUUUGCCUUCUUGGACAUAAUGGUGCUGGAAAAACUACGGCAAUUAGUUGUUUAACAGGCAUUUCACCAGUGACAGGCGGAGAUGCACUGAUUUAUGGAUAUUCUGUUCGAAGUGCUGUUGGUAUGUCAAGUAUCCGAAAAAUGAUAGGAGUUUGUCCUCAGUUUGACAUUCUUUGGGAUGCCUUAACUAGUGAAGAGCACCUCCAUCUCUUUGCUAGCAUCAAAGGCCUGCCUCCUGAUUCAAUCAGCACGGUUGUUCCUGAGUUACUAGCACAUGUGAAGCUUACCAAAGCAGCGAAAGUAAGAUCUGGGAGUUACAGUGGAGGUAUGAAGCGCCGGGUUAGUGUUGCAAUAGCCCUCAUUGGUGAUCCAAAAUUGGUUAUCUUGGACGAGCCGACGACUGGAAUGGAUCCAAUUACCAGGAGGCAUGUAUGGGAUAUCAUACAGGAUGCAAAGAAAGGGCGAGCCAUUGUCCUAACAACUCACUCAAUGGAGGAAGCUGACAUUUUAAGUGAUCGCAUAGCAAUCAUGGCAAAAGGAAGGCUUCGUUGCAUAGGUACCUCAAUCAGAUUAAAGUCGCGAUUUGGAACAGGUUUUAUUGCAACUGUGACCUUCCUUAAUGGGGAUGAAGUUAAAAAGACCGAAACUCAUCAUCAUAGGGCUGUGAAGGAUUUUUUCCAACAUCAUUUGAAUGUGGUGCCCAAAGAGGAGAAUAAGACCUUCAUGACUUUUGUUAUUCCUCAUGAUAAAGAGCAACUGUUAGCAAAUUUCUUCACAGAGCUUCAAAAUAAAGAAAAAGAAUUUGGCAUAUCAGACAUUCAACUUGGCCUUACAACUCUAGAAGAAGUGUUUAUGAAUAUUGCGAAGCAGGCAGAACUAGAAAGUGCUCUUGCUGAAGGGAACUUGGUAACUCUAACAUUAAAUUCUGGAGCCUCACUUGAGAUACCAAAAGGAUCUAGAUUUGUUGAAGUUCCUGAAACAAAAUCCACAGAGAAUCCUGGAGGUGUCAUGGUUGAAGUAUAUUGGGAGGAAGAUGAUUCAGGCAACAUCUUUAUUUCUGGUCACUCAUCUGAAACUCCAAUAACACCAAAUAUUCAAUCUAUGGUCGCUCCUACACUCACUAACCCUACAAGUUUUGGAAGAACUGAACCCAUGCACGGAUUUGGGAUUGAUCAUAAAUAAAUGGAACAGCCAAUUCUCAAUGGAAGGACUGAAAGGAUGUCCGAUAAAGAUGCAAUGGCUUAAUGAGAAAU